AUACCCAUUCUACAGAAUCUUAAUUUAACCAUCAAAGGUGGCACUACUGUAGCCUUAGUAGGACCUUCCGGUUCCGGCAAAUCCACUUGCGUGCAGCUACUUUUGCGCUACUACGAUCCCGUUAGGGGUAAAGUCAAUCUCAGCGGUGUGCCAACUACAGAGUUCUCACUCGAUAUGCUGCGCUGCAGUAUGGGCCUAGUCUCACAAGAACCUGUUUUAUUCGACCGCUCGAUUGCCGAGAACAUCGCAUAUGGCAACAACUUCCGCGAUGAUAUUCCAAUGGCGGAAAUAAUUGAAGCGGCCAAGAAAUCAAACAUUCAUCAGUUCAUCGCCUCUCUGCCGCACGGCUAUAAUACUCGCCUGGGUAGCAAAGGCGCACAACUCUCGGGUGGACAAAAGCAACGCAUUGCCAUUGCACGAGCAAUGGUACGCAAUCCCAAUAUACUGAUAUUGGACGAGGCUACAUCGGCAUUGGAUAUGGAAAGCGAGAAAGUGGUGCAGGAGGCAUUGGAUGUAGCACGCAGCGGUCGUACUUGUCUCACAAUAGCACAUCGCCUGACCACAGUGCGCGAUGCCGAUCUGAUUUGUGUGCUGAAGAAAGGUGUGGUGGUUGAGAAGGGCACUCAUGAGGAGUUGAUGGCGCUGAAUGGCAUAUAUGCGGAACUGUAUAUGAUGCAGCAGGUCGCCUAGGCCGGUACGUGUCUCGCAGUUGAACUGUCAAGUUUAAGUUUCUCUUGUUACAUAUUUAUAGGGUGUACAUAUGUGUAUCAGUAGAUAAAUUUUUAAAUCGAAUUUAAACAUUAACUUAUUGUUUAUUAGUUCCUUACGAGCAAAAUAGCAGAAUAAAUGUUUAACUAUUUAAUUAACUUAGA